AUGGGGAUUCCCCUCCGGUCUCUCCUCGUCGCCUCGCUCGUCCUCAGUUCGGUCGUCUUGCACGUCGCAGCGGCCAAAACUAUAGAUCCGUACAAGGCGAGUUUUACAUGUACAAUGGGGGUCCCUGUACAAUGUACUAAAAUGGUUCUAGGAGUUGACAAGAAUGCUAGCCAACGGGAUAUUCAGAAAGCCUUUCACAAGCUUUCUCUAAAAUACCACCCUGACAAGAAUAAAGGCAAGGGUGCGCAGGAAAAAUUUGAAGAAAUAAACAAUGCAUAUGAGAUUCUAUCUGAUGAAGAGAAGCGGAAAAACUAUGACCUCUACGGGGAUGAGAAGGGUAACCCUGGAUUUGGUGGUGGAAAUUUUGGAAAUCAUGAGGGCUAUACAUACUUUGGUGGUGGCCCCAAGUCCAGUCAUUUCACAUCUGGAAAUGGAUGGCAGACAAUGGGUGGUCAAGGAAAUACAAAAACGUUUUCCUUUUCUUUUGGUAGUAAACCUGGGGCCAGUGGUGGAAACCCGUUUGGUGGUGGUUUAGAUUUUGGUGAUGUUUUCUCGAACCUUUUUGGUGGUGGAUCAAUGGGUGAUAGCCAUUUUGGUGGAUCAACUGGCUCAGCUAGAGCCAACACUGGAACAUCUGGUCAGCAUUCUGGCACUGCCAAGAUUCAGGAUAUCACCACACAAGUUUUCAAUAAAGAAGUAGCUGACCAAGGAACUACUUGGCUUCUGUUAUUUUAUACACCCCAGUCAAAAGGUCAAUUUGUGCUAGAGAGUGUCAUGCAGGACGUGGUCCAUUCACUGGAUGGUGCUCUGAGGGCUGGUAAGGUCAACUGUGACAAUGAAAAAUCUCUUUGCAAAAGGUCUGGUGUUUCAAUAGGGAAAUCGGCCCGCCUCUUCAUCUAUUCAUAUGCUACUACAGAGAAAGGGUCUUUGCAUGAGUAUUCUGGAGAACAUGAUGCUAAGAGCUUGAAGACAUUUUGUCAAGAACACCUGCCAAGAUUCUCCAAACGGGUAGAUAUUGGCCAAUUCAGCUUCCCUUUAAAUGUUCUACCAAACCUUCCUCAAGUGCUCUUACUAUCGAGUAAGAAGGACACACCAGCAAUGUGGCGUGCUAUCAGUGGGAUGUUCCGCAAUCGAUUAAUUUUUUAUGAUGCUGAGGUUCAUGAUGUUUCUCAUCCGCUGCUCAAAAGUCUUGGCGUGAAGAAUCUUCCAGCUGUAAUUGGCCGAACCGUGAAUGGUGAGGAGCUCCUUCUGAAGGAUGGCAUUUCGGUGAAAGAUCUCAGAUCUGGUAUCAAGGAAUUGAAGACACUGCUAGAAAGUUUUGAGAAGAAGAAUAAGAAGCUGUCAUCGAAUCAAGCUAACAAGAAACCUUCCAGUCAAUGGGAAGAAAAAAAGGUCCCUCUCCUCACAGCUUCCAACUUUGAGGAAAUCUGUGGAGAGAAGACUUCAGUAUGCAUCAUUGGUGUUUUCGGGUCAAACAAAGCCAAGGGACAGCUUGAAACAGUCCUGUCUGAGAUAUCUAAGAAGACUCUGAUAAGGGGGCAGAACUAUAAUUCCAGAAAUGCAGUCUCCUAUGCUUUGUUGGAUAAGGACAAACAAUCUGCAUUCCUGUCAUCGUUUGAUAAGUCUGGAUAUAAGUCAUCUGACAAGCUGCUCAUUGCCUACAAGCCUCGCCGGGGGAGGUUCGCUGUGUACGACGACGAGGUGACACUGGAAGAAGCUGAAAGGUUCGUGGGAUCUGUUUUGAACGGAGACGUUCAACUGUCACCGACCAAACAAAAGCCUGUCCUUAGGUAG